AUGACAUCUUUUGACGAUUUAAUUAAGAAAGUGCAAUCAAUUCAUGACUUAAUUAUAGCAAAAAUAGAUUGUGCUAAUCAGAAACAUUCAAAAGAUGAAUUGGAGUUUAGCAAAAAAUUGUAUGAAACCAAGCGCUGGUUUGUUCGUAUUUCUUGGAAAAAUAAAAAGCGAUUUGUGCUGAAUUUAAUAGAUGAAGUACACAGCAUUUUUACACUCUCGUUGUUGUUAAAAUCAAUAUGGAACUCCCGCCCUAAAGAUGCUAUAUUGUCUAUAAGCGAACAUAAGACAUGGAGCAGCUAUGACCAAGUACCCUUGGAUCACGAUCGUACUGUACUCGUAUCCAAGAUCCAGGAUGAUAUAAUGAGUAAUCGCAAAUGGUUUCGUUCUCUUGAAUCGACUCAACAAUGCCUAGUUCUAGCGGAAUUGCUAUCGGUUGCCGGAGGUCCUAUCAUGUGGGAAGUCUUAAAGUCUGCUGAGAAAAUUUACGAGCAAAGCCUACAACUACACUUGGAUAAUUUGAUAGAAUGUGUCGUGGUUAAUGAACCAUCACUAGAAAAAAAAACUAUCAAUAUUGAAGCACCUAAAAAAGAACAAACGCCGCGUCGAAAGAUCUCUGCAAAUCAAAUUUUGGAAUCUUCCACAUACACUUUAAUUAGCGGCCAAGUACAAAAAGAGUUGGAUACAAAUUUAGCUUUGUGGGCCGCUACAAUCAAAACUUUAAAAGAUAAUUUGAAGUUGGAAGAAUCUGAGAUGACGUUUAUGGACGGGACAAAGAAGAGAAUAUGGAAAGUAAAUCGAUCAAAGCCGGAAAUUGUUGAAUCUGUAGAUUUUGUUCAAUUGUUGCCUUCAGCUGUAAGUAAGCGAAUUUUGAUGUAUCUACCUUUAACUCAACUGAGUGACUGUGCUCGAGUUAAUAAGUAUUGGGCAUAUUUGGUUGACGAAUUGCGCGCAGAAUUUAUUGCUAGACAGAAAAUUGAUACCGAGCUGGAAAAGCUUCGAGAAAAUAUGCUACGUCACGAUGAAAAUUUAGGUUUGGUCAGUAAAUUUGCUGAAUUAGACAUAAAAUCAGGUCAUGCUAAAACAAGAGACACAAACAAGCCUUAUCCCUAUUCUUUAGUUUUAGAAAUGAACAAAGCGAAACAACGGCGUAUUGCUAAGCCAUCGUUCAGAAAUAUGACAGAUUUAAAUAACCGCUUGUACGUACGUGGAGCUGCCGAUAAAAAUAUAAGAAAAUGGUGUACAAAUAUUUGCAGAAUUAAUAAAAAUAGUAAAGGACCAGAGCGUUCCUUUGAAACUUAAGGCGAAACUCUUUCACCAAAUUGCGUCCGAAG